AUGGUUAUUCCGGUCAAUCAUCGCCUGUCUUCGUGUGCCUUGGGCAUGGUACUGGCGUUACUAGGGGUGUCGUCGUAUUCUGUUUGGGCAAGUCAACAAGACGGUUCCGGGAACUUCGUACCGGAGUACCCUCCACUAGCAGUUCUGGAGGCCAUGAUACAGCCGGACCUCACCGACGUGGAGACCGAAAUUCUUCCUGAUUCUGUUGAAGCAGCUGGAGCUACGCCUGGUCUCUCCGGUGUGGAGUCGCUUCGUAUGAGGGAAUCUGGUUCCACUGAGGACGUAACUGACUCCAGCCUUCCCGGAGAUAGCGACGGUGUGCCAACUAUCAAGAGCCUAGCUGUUGUUGACUCUGAUUCCCAGCGAACAGCAGAUGGGUACGGACCUUCCCCGGCUACUCCCCUUCAGCUGCUGAAAAGACGUGGACCAGCUUUCGGCGAAUCCCAACACGUGUGGUCGAAUGGCUCCAAUACAGCAACUGGGAUCUCACCUGGGUAUGCGACAGACGACCAAAAUGUACCCGUCGCUCCUCCUCACCAUAGACCCGUCGUUUAUGAUCCCCGAGUCGUCGUGGUAGCUGACCGCAAUUACAUCAAACAGAUAGCUGCCAUGGAACGUCAAUCACGGGAUUACAAUAAGCUCGUUAAGAAAGCCACUCGGUCGGGUACUCCCAGCCACCACCGGAAGAGGUAUGGUGUAGGUGUAGGCGUAUACAGCGACCCCGUAUCUGGAAUACCGUGGUGGAUGAAACCGGAACACAAUGGCACCUCUCAAGAACAAGCGCAUGACGUCGGAGAUGGGGGUCGAGCUCACAGCGCUGGAUUGCCUGAAUAUGCUGAAGACGGGGAGAUGGAAGAGCGACGCCUGCAGCCCCGAUUUCGAAUUUUCAGCCAAGCUCUGGGGUCACCUAAAAAGGCCCGAGGUGAUCGACACGAAUCUGGCGAGCCCCUCGCGUGGUCGACCAGAAACGAGCGAGAUCGGGAUCCUUUUGGCUUCGCUUUCUUCCGAAGCAAACAGGAAAAGGAGGUCAGAAACAGCAAAGAUGCCCGCGAAGGGAGGACGGAACCACGUGACAGUCGGCGCCCAAAAGAGGACACCCGCCACAUGAAACACGAGCCUCCCCCGUCGCCCAAGCGCCAUCAGGCACCUCGAAGCAGCGCUCCUCACCCCAAGUCGGCAGUUCAGGCGGAAGCCCUGGACGAUGACGAUUUCGAUGACUAUGAGGAAUUCGAUGAUGACUUCGACGAAUAUGAAGAAAUAAGACCCCAACGAGCCCAACAAUAUGCUGGCUCAGCUCGGCGCCGAAACGCCCAGUCAUACGGGAUCUACAUACCCGAAGUGUACGACCGCCCGCUGCUGGUUUCGGCAUCGUCAGUUGAAACACGGGAGACGCCGCAUUCCGCCUCUGAUUCGAUCGCCUCUGCUGCGUCUCUCCCAUUCGGUGUGCCGAUAACAAAGGCAGAUAUCGAUUUUUCACAAUUUUUCGGAGACGACCACCAAGGGCCUUCUGCGGAUAAUGCGAAGGGAAUUGGGAAAAAACUUUUAUUUUUGCGGCGAAAGCAAGGAACAGCUGCUGAGGAAGACGCGGUGGCAUCUUUGUCCCUCACUCACUUGAACAGUGAAGCACCGUCCUCCCAAGAGGUGAAAAAGGGUACGCUUCUCGAGCGCCUGAAAACACUGCAAGACUUGCCUCAUGCCGACGAAAAACAAAAACCAGACUUGACCGAAAUCUUAGGAUCAUCCAGCUGGCACGCGUUCGACCAGACUAAGACGAAGGGAGAGUUUCCUCAACAUAAGCAGAAACAUGGAGAAAAGAGGACGCCGUUGAGAGACAACAGAGCCAAGACCAAAGAUGGCCAGACCCAGUGA